CCCUGCAAUUGCGCUCUGGAUUCCAGACGUUCUACUCUUCAAACUCUAGGGUUAGGGUUCGAUCGGAGUGAGACAUGAGUUCCGCCGGUGGUACGACUAAGGGUGGCAGGGGCAAACCUAAGGCUUCUAAGUCGGUAUCAAGGUCGCAGAAGGCCGGCCUUCAGUUCCCUGUAGGGAGGAUCGCUCGCUUCCUCAAGGCUGGCAAGUACGCUGAGCGUGUCGGUGCCGGGGCUCCUGUCUAUCUCUCUGCUGUCCUCGAGUAUCUUGCUGCUGAGGUACUAGAGCUCGCUGGAAACGCUGCCAGAGACAAUAAGAAGAACCGUAUUGUUCCGAGGCACAUUCAGCUUGCAGUGAGGAAUGACGAGGAGCUUAGCAAGCUUUUGGGGUCUGUGACCAUUGCCAAUGGAGGCGUCUUACCUAAUAUUCACCAGACUUUGCUUCCUAAGAAGAUGGGUCAAGGGAAGGGCGAUAUUGGAUCUGCAUCUCAAGAAUUUUAAGAGUUUCCUAGCCCUCCCUCCAUUUUGUUGUAGUUAUAAAGCACAUGUUUGUUUUGCUUUUCUUUCUUACAAUACUUAGCCUCUAGUAAAUUUAAGCUCAAUUAAUAGGAUGAUCCUUUUGCAAAGUCUAUGAUUUUCAACUUCUCUUUGCGUGUGCCCAAUGCGAUGCUCUCUGAUGCGGUUCUCCAUGUUGUAAGCUUCUUAGCAUAACAAAGGCCGAUGUAAAUUCGAAA